UAUCAUUACAUAUAUGUAAUAUUUUAACAAACUUUUGAAAAUCAUGUAUAAUCACAAUGAAAUUGUGAGCAGAAAAAGAAAGGUUUCGUCUGAAGCAGAACACGAGUAAAUGUCCCUAUAAACAAAGAGAUUUAAAUCUUAAAUUAGUCAGAUAAUACACUUAUGGAAGUAUGAUUUUAAUAACCUUUUAUGGUAUUUUUUAAUACUAUAAUGAGACAUUGCCAGAGACAUAAUAAUACAUGUAAAUACAAAAGUAAGACUUGAAGUGAACAGCGAGCAAAGUGCAGUUUUCAGGUCUCACUGGGGCUUCAUUUGAGCUUCUAUUAUGACGCGACUUUUUCAUCUUUUCAUCAUAAAAGGGAAACAAUUUUGAACAUGGUUUAAUGCAAACACACGUCUUUUGUUGCGGCUCCUUGCGUUUCCACACGACGGAGCAGGUCAGCGUUUAUGACUAAGGACCGUGAAUAAUUCUCAUUCAAGUCCCAAUGACACCAGGGAGUAGGCUUGGUAACGGGAAGGGCCUCGGGCGCUCUUUCCUACGUUGAUGUUAGCUGCGUUCGAAGGGAGGAGUGAUUAAUAUAUGGAUGCAUUCACCACCGAGUCUUUUGUGCGAUUUGCUGUAAUAUUCAGAGUCCCAGCUGCUAAUAAUAGCAGUAGUAGUCUAGGUAGGAGGGUUUAGUGAGAGAACGAGCGGGGCUACAAAGUCACUGCUAUAUUAUGCAUUUUACCUGUUAGCUAACGAUGCACCCAUAAUUUUACCCUAUACUUUGCUUCUACUAGGGGUUAUAUGAGAACGUUUGCAGACGACACACUCUACAUAGUUACGAAUGUGAUUCGCAUUUUGGCAAUUAAAAAGCGCGCGGAUGUAAUGUUGAGCGGGACAUUUGCAAUCCUGUCUCCCACUGAUAACACACAUUUGGAAAGGAGUAUAAUCAGUGAUUCAUAAUUUCCCUCCGCUUUCAUUUGGACCGUUUCCAGGUGCUACGUUCUGCUACUGACUCAUGAAGUAUGAUAUUUAAUGCUCCAGAAGAAAUCCAGGACUUAUACACACUCUUUAACUCGGCCACUUGAGAUACGGACAUUUAAAAUGCAUCUUUAUUAUUGAAGUGUCCAUUGAAAGCGGAUUAAUGGAUACAUAGUGAAGAUCAUAACGGUGAUUAUCUAAUGGCUCGUGACUGGUAUCUAAAAAAGGUCGUUGACUCUAUUACUUUUAGUGCAUUCUGAUGAGAUUUUUCAGCAGCUUCAAUUAUCUGUGGAUCUUGGAUGAGCUUAUUAACACCCGACAUGUAAACAGGAUGUGUGUCGGUUGAAUCGAAGAGCUCCUCUGGCCUUGAUGAUAAGGGUUCGUUCACUUCAACUUCUGUCCGCCAGCAAUGACCGUUGCCGUGCCCGUCGAGCGUUAUUCUACGUUUCCAUGGAAAUCCGCAUCCCAUCUGCCUUGCCCCGAUCAUCAACCCUUCUGCUGUUACCAUGACGAAUCUUUCGUAGCAUCUGACGGUAGCUGUGAUGACGUCUCCAGCCUCUCACUCCGAUACAACCACCAAUCUACGACGCACGCAACCAGCCCAGGAAACUGCGUUCGCCCGGUUAGCUUGGUAAGCUGUACGCCGAGGCUUUCACCCACGGCUCAUCAUCAUCACACUCCAACAGAGCCGUGUUCAGCUGCUCACUUUGGUGCUCGGAAACCAAUGACGAUGGGAGGGCGAAGUCUGCUUGAUGAGGACGUUGAGGUGGAGUAUGGUCGCGAUGAGCAGACAGCGACCAGUUGCCUUGGCGCCAAGAAACGAAAAUUAUGUGAUAUGCUAGAUGAUACAGAGGAUUGUGGGUGUAGAACCCCUCAGGAAAUGACAAUGGUGUCAGAGACGUUGCAAAUGAAUCACGGAGAAGCCGUGUUAAGAUGUUGUAACGGCUGUGGACCUAUCCAGGAAUGUUGCCGUUGUGAUCCAGAUGAUUUCUUUCCCGAUGUGAGCGGUGAGAUUGAAUUACCCAUGUGCUAUGAAGGUGACGAUUUCAAAUCGAGAUCGAUGACGUCCACCUCACCUGAUAUCAUGGACAAUGUGAUACCGGAUAUACUACCUUCAUGUAGGACUUCUGAUCUGGUAGGAAUGUCUGAGGAUGAUGUAGAAGCUAUCAGAGCUUGUGAUAGGCGGCGUGUUUUGGACAUGUCGCUUCAUAAGAUGCGAUGUAUAGACGAUCCCGAGGUCUCGUUACGUAGGUCAGUCUUGAUAGCAAACAUGGUGACUAAACUCCGACAAGAAAUUCGGCAGGAAGACUACUGUAGAACGGUAUUGCCCAAGAAGCGUCGGAGCUAUCGCAGACCAUGGUUAGGUGGUCCCGACAGAGCGUCCGAACCACCUUGUCUAUAUCAAAGUCAUCAACCUAAGAGACGUUUCUCUGAAGAUGUAGCAUGGGAGGUCUAUCCCACUAAUGAAAUGCUUUUAAACAAUGGUGGAAGGUAUACAGAACAUGACGAUAUUCAACGUGAAGAGCCACAUGACCAGUGCCAUGAACAAAUCCAAACCACCAUGCCAGAGGAAGAAAGGAACUCAGUGCUGGGUGAUAUAGAUAGUAUUUUUCAAAGUCUCAUGGCAUGUGUUGGUGGACCCUAAUGCAAUUAAUGUAAUCAAACUUGAACAAUUGCUUUCAAUUUUUGACAAACUAUCUAUUCUCUUUACAUUAAAGGCAGGGUAUUCUACUGACACUACUUCAGAUUUACUUAUACUGCCAUCUGCUGCUCACGAUGUCCCGGUGUGUCGACAGCCAUGUCCCACAAUACACCAUUCACUGCAUGUCGCGCGCCUGAUGAUGCUUGGGUACAAGAACCGUAAAUCUCUCUAUAUACGCCUUCACCGAAAGAUGGCAGAAUUGGAAAUACAUUAAAGCAAUGGAAGCGAUGUCAGUAAAAUACCCUGCUUUUAAGAAACACCUUUUGGUUGAAAUUGAUUAAUAACAUUUGAUCAUGCACCCAUUCCCUAUAUAGCUCCCUAAUAUCAUCUACGUUACUUAACGAAUCCGUCCCUGAUACUGCCAUUUCCGUCUUAUCAUAAUAUUCACUGAUAAGAAGAAGAUAUCAUUCUAGUAUUGACUUGGGUUUGUGUUCUAAAAAAAUAGUGAUUACAAUUGGGCAAAAAGUGUCUAUUUUUCCUUUCUACUUCAUAAAAGUCAUUAAUAACAGGGUAAUUGGCAGCUGAACUUCCUAUCGACUCAAAAUUUGUUCGAUUGCAUGGUACUUGAGUAUAAUUUUCCAUUAUGUUGAUGUUUUUACUACAAGCUACUGUGCCUGCAACUAUCAAAGAUGCCAUUUUUAUAUCUUUAAAACGAUAGAAGGUACUUUGCUACUGCUGUUUCUGUAUUUUUUCUUGUUCUAUAUUAAACUGGGGGCAACUUUUAUUGUUAUACUGAGAACACAAUAUCAAACGAUUCUGCCACUGUUUAUCACGAGUCAUGACUUUUCACCUUUUACUUCUCACAUCAGUUCAUCUUAAUCAAAUGAAUGUUAUUGAUAGGGUCGAUUAUUGUGAGCAAAUUGUUUGUUUGAUGUUGUAUUUUGUUAAUAGCCCCAUAAUAUGCCUUGGAAUAAAUGUGUCUCAAAGCUGAGUAAACAGGAUAAAGCAUAUAUUAACAAUUUAUGACAUUUAAAACCUCUGUUUACCAGAUGUUCUUCACUUGUAUCAAUCAUGAUACUUCUACGAACACUUGCCUUACGUCAUUAGCACAAUUCGUAAAUUAUGAAAUUCAUCCGCUUGUAAACCCCCAGAAUGAAGAAACAUAUUCAAAGACUACAAACGAGUUUCCACCGACGCCCAGAUCUUGAAAAUGGGAAAUGGGUAAUUUAUUUAAACCUCACCGAAACUGUUAUAAAUCUCAAGGUCUAUUUUAGACCAUCUCAUUUAAGAGUCUCGGAUGAUAUUUUCAAAAAAUGUCCAACAAUUCAGUAUAUUACUUUACUAAAAACAAAUAUCCCUUUCACAGAAUCUUAUAGAUUGUCCCAGCUGUUUGCAUUUUGAUGACCCUAAUAUCUAGCCGUGUUGUUUUUAAAACAUAUAACUGCCUUACACUAAUUCUGUAAACUUUGCAAUCUUUGUUUUGUUAUAUCGCCGGCAUUUGUUAUUAUAUAACAAAAAUGAGCUCAUUAUCUUUUGUUUCAAGUAUCUUCUCGGGUAAUAUGCCUUCGAAGUAAUCAAGAUAUGGUCAUGAGGCUGAACAAAAUAAAAGCUGGUUAAAAUCCAUACUUGCAGAGUCAUAUGGAACGAAUGCACUGCAUGAACCCCAAAUCAUUAUUAACAUUGGUUCUAACAGAUUGACAUAAUAGAAAUACUUUGUUUUGCUGGGAUUAUAAAAGGUACUCUCGAGUGCAAUUGCAUGAAAUUUUAUAUUGAUUUUUUGUGUAUCGGUUUUUAUUAUUGUGUUAUGUCGUGUGUGACACGCGUCAAGAAUUCAUUGUGAACUUAUGUAAAAGGUCAGGAGAAAUAAAUGAAUUUGGAACAAAAGUGUUUGGCGUACUUUUGU